AUGGCCACCAAAGCCGCCCACAAACGCCUCACACGCGAAUACCAAGCCAUCCAAAAGUCACCACCGGAGUUCAUCUCGGCCCACCCAUCAGAAACCAACAUCCUCGAAUGGCACUACAUCCUCACCGGCCCACCCGACACAGUCUACGCCGGCGGCCAGUACUGGGGCACCCUCGUCUUUCCCUCCGACUACCCCUUCGCACCACCCGCCAUCCGUAUGCACACCCCUUCUGGCCGCUUCCGCUGCAGUGAACGCCUCUGCCUCUCCAUAAGCGACUUCCACCCCAAAUCCUUCAACCCCGCAUGGGAAGUGAGCACCAUCUUGCUAGGCGUGCUGAGCUUUAUGACUAGCGAGGAGAUGACGACUGGCAGCGUGAGUGCGAAGCCGGAGGAGAGGAGCGUCUUUGCUGCGAAUACGAGGUGGUGGAACAGCACUGGCGGUGGCAGCACAACGAGGACGCUCGGGAGUGGAGCCGUGAAUGAGGAGAAGAGAUUAGGGGGUGGAAGUAACAGAGGCUUUGGUGCGAUCAAGGCGGGCGAUGGUGGAAAGAGAUUCAAGGAGCAGUUCCCGGAGCUCGACGAGGAGAACUGGAAGUGGAUGGAGCAGGAGAAGAUCGAUCCACAAACGGGCCAGAAGAUUGGUGCUGUUGCGGUGGAGGCCGAUGCUCAAGAGCUGGAGACUGCGAUUAGACGGAAGAAGGUUCCUGCGGCACGAGCACCUGCCGAAGUACAGCAAAGUUGGCUUCUGCGGAACAGAUGGUGGAUCGUCGGCGGGGUGGUAUUCGCGUACGUGGUGGCCGCGAGGCUGUUGCGUGAUCAACAAGAGUGA